GUCCUCCUGCGGUCUCUUUUCCCACAUUAUGUGUGUGAGACAGAGUGAGACAGCAUUAUCAGCACGACUGUUGUAGUAUGUGUAUGUAAGGACUCUGUGUGACUCUCUCGGCCGUGUGUGUGUUUUGUGCGUAUGUUUAGGGGCUGAGCUCAGAGCCCCUGUGGACGUCCUGAGAGCGGAGGGAGGCUGUCGUUCCCCCCAGGGACCCCUGCAUGCAGAUGGUGUGAGCAGUCAGGGGAAAAGUUUAUGACAGUUCUGUAUUCUGUUCAUGACCGCCUCAUGGAUCUCUGUGAUUUUGUGGAUACAGCGAAAGACUUUAGACCGGGCUGCUUCUCUUUGACUCAGUAAUGCACUGCUGGUGGACAGAGUCACGUUCUGGAUUGAAUCUCGAAGUCUCGCUGUGAAUCUUAUAUUGGAUUGUUUCGGUUCUACUGGACCUGUCUUGGAUCUGUCGACACAGCAGUUUUGAGGCAAGGUCUGCUGGUUUGGUCAUGGAAGAUCAGUCUGGCAGCGCGGGCAGCAGCCCACAGCAGGGCCGCGGGUCGGGCAGACAGGAUGUCCUUCGCUGCGGUUGGCUCCGGAAGCAAGGCGGAUUCGUGAAGACCUGGCACACGCGUUGGUUCGUCCUCCGAGGAGAACAGCUUAACUAUUACAAGGAUGAAGAUGAGACCAAGGCGCUGGGAACCAUUUCUCUACCUGGAAACAGAGUCACGGAACAUCCCAGCAGUGGGGACGAAGGUGGAAAGUUCCUCUUUGAAGUCUUCGCAGGAAUCUUUGGUCAGAAAUUAGAAGAGACUGUUCGAUAUGAGCGUCGCUAUGGCAACAAAAUGGCACCCAUGCUGGUGGAGCAGUGUGUGGACUUUAUCCGGCUCUGGGGUUUGCGAGAGGAAGGACUCUUCCGGCUGCCUGGACAAGCCAACCUGGUCAAAGAGCUUCAGGACGCUUUCGACUGUGGAGAGAAGCCGUCUUUUGACUGUAACACAGAUGUACACACCGUGGCGUCUCUGCUGAAGCUGUAUUUGAGAGAGCUCCCUGAGCCUGUCAUCCCUUUCUGUAAAUAUGAGGAGUUUCUGGCAUGCACCAAACUAUUCAGCAAAGAACAAGAUGCUGGAAUGAAGGAAUUAAAAAGACAAGUGGAAGGUCUACCUCAAGUGAACUACAAUCUGUUAAAAUACAUAUGCAAGUUUCUGGAUGAGGUGCAGUCCUACUCAGGGGUGAACAAAAUGAGUGUCCAGAAUCUUGCAACAGUCUUUGGGCCAAAUAUCUUGAGGCCAAAAGUGGAGGAUCCAGUCACUAUAAUGGAAGGCACGGUACUGGUCCAGCAGCUAAUGGCGGUUCUGAUCGGACGGUAUGAGUUUCUGUUCCCACCUGAAGAGGACAGCACCCUGGAACUGGUCAAUAACAACAACAACGAGCCUCAAAAACGGCCGACAACAGGUCAGCUAUUAAACACAGAGAACAACAAUACCAGCAGCGUACGACAGUGUACCUGGGACACACCCGAAUCGCCCAGCCGGGCUCCGCUGGACAACGGCUCCCCCCGUUCCGGAAGCCCUCGUAACGGAUUCACCGGCCAGAGGUUCGAGGUGACCCGCAGCCCGCCACUCAUGGUAAAGAAAAAUCCGGCGUUCAUCAAAGGCAGCGGUAUCGUCACCAACGGCUCAUUCAGCUCGUCCUCGUCGUCCUCCGGCGAGGCCAAUCAAGAGAAGAAUCAGACACUGCCCAACAUGGGCACCCUGCAGGCCCGACGGACGGGUGCGAUAAAAGGCUUGGGUACAAAGAUGGGGGUUCAAAACGGUGUUGUACGAAUGGGCUUGUCUAGCGCAGACGUGACGAACGGGACUAUGAAUGGACGUAACGGACUGUGGGCAGCCAACGGUCAUGUCACGCUGCGGGAGGGGAAAAGCCCAAACUCAGAACACCAGCAAAAUCGACUGUCUACGUACGACAACGUCCAAAUCCAGCAUCAGAUGCAGCAGAUGCAACCCUGUCUCAGCAGCAGCUGUGAAGACAAGCAGAGCGUGGACAGCGCCACCUGGUCCACCUCAUCUUGCGAGAUCUCUCUUCCGGAGAACUCCACCUCUUGUCGCUCUUCGACGACCACUUGCCCAGAGCAGGAUUUCUUCGGCAACAACUUCGAGGACCCGCUGUUGGACGGGCCGGUGCAGGAAGACAACGGCCUUCUGCCGGACGACAGGGAACAGAGGACCAGUAACGGAGGCAGACGGGAAAGCAGAGGAACCAGUAGCAGCGAUACCAGCGAUACGUUUGCCGUUGCUAAUGGACCGACCAAUCACAGUGCACUACACAGCCUAGUGGCCAGUCUCAAACAGGAAAUGUUCAAACAGAAAAAUGAGUAUGAGGCCAGAAUCAAAAGUCUUGAACAACGAAACCUAGAAUUGGAGACUGUGAUGGCAAAUCUACACGAAGAGCUGGACCAGGAGAAGAAGAAAUACACCAUGGUGGAGAUCAAGCUUAGGAACGCCGAGCGAGCCAAGGACGACGCGGAGAAGAGAAACGACAUGCUGCAGAAGGAGAUGGAACAGUUCUUCUCUACCUUUGGAGACCUGACCGCAGACCCAAGGCGACCUGACAGAGCCAACACCAUCUGGAUUCAGUGAGGAGUUACGCUGGACAUCUUCAUUCAGGCCAGCCAUCAACUAUUAUUUCUGUACUUUGUGUGGGCUGGGAUCUGACAGAACGUACCUAAAUGAACCUUUGACCUAUCGAGCCAAAUUUCUGAGAUGAAUGGACCAGCUGUUAAAUUAUGUUUGGAUUUGUUGAGAAAGAUGAUUAGAUGGUGCUACUUGGAUCUCGAGAACAACAUGAUAGAGUAGAAUGAUUUGAAUUAUGGUCCUGGUUUGUGGAAAGACAAGCACGUUAACUUCAGAUGAGUGUCAUAGAUGGAGAGAAAGAAAUGCAGUCGGCUCUUUGAGAGCAUUGAUGAAGAAACUCUUGACUGUUUCAGUUUUUUAAUGUUGAAUUGGUUACAUAAAUGUGCGGUGAUGGAAAACGCUUGAAGGACAACAGAACCACAAACGUCACUCACAUUCUUUGUGUGAUCCAACCAAAUGUGUCCUUGAACUGUCACUGCGUCAUAGAUCCAUCUGUGUAUAUAAAGCAAGAUUCCAAGAUGAAAUGCAAUGUCUGUAUAAACGCAAAUUGAAUAUGUUCAUGUACGUACGGAUAUUUAAAAAAUUCUUAAUGUGUUACAUAUAAGUUUUAUAUCAAGGCUUUUCCUUGCACUUACUGUAAACAAACGGAUUGCUUUUGUUCAGUAUGGUACGAAUGUGAGAUGGUGGCCAAGAGUCGCUUUUGCCUUUUUAAGGGUCCAGUGUAUGACAUUAAGCGGCAUCUAGUGGUGAGGUUGCGAAUUACAACCAACGGCCAACUGCACCCUUCUCUCCUCCCUUUCGAAGCACUAGGGUGGCUGACAUGGGACUAAGAUGUCGUCACGUUUUCCCUUCUUUGCUGAAGGAGAUAACGUAUUUACAGUCCGUUUAGGUUUAACGUAGAAAAACAUGUUGAUAUAAAUAGCUUAUUCUAAUGUAAUAAAUACAUGGUGCUUCAUUAUGUAAGGUCUUUAUAAACCUCUGAAUACACAGUUAUGUAUAUUAUGUUGCAUUUCUGUCAAAAGAUCCCUAAAAAAAUGACACACUGGACCUUUAAAUUCAUCUUUACAUCCUAUAAAUCAAAGACUAAAAAUAUGUAGACAAGGCGACUGAUGUGUAUGUAUAUGGUUACAUAGAAUGAUUUUUGUCCACAGAGAAGCAACCCAAGUGUGGCAGAUAUAUUAUUUGUACACCAAAUGUUUGUAUUAAAACAUUUAAAAUUGAAAUGUCCUCACUGUUUAGCCGGAAACUUGCCAUAUUAACACUUUAACGGACAUCUAAAAGCAUAAACAAGAAAAUAUUACCGCACAUAAACAAGCCCGAAGAAAUAUCACUAUCUGUCCCCAUAUACAGCGAGCGCUUGAGCAUGAUGUCACCGAAUGUGGGCGGGGCCUGUCUCAUAGUUCUAGAGUCUGGUACACCACUGAAGGAGACCUGUAAAUACUUUUUGAAAAACAUGCAAAUACUUAUUUGUGCCGCACAUCAUUUGCUUUUAUAACGUCCGGAGAGACUCAAAUGCAGUUUAUGCGUCAGUUUUCAGAUCACACAUCUGUAUUUUUUGUUCUUUGCUUGUUUGUAAUGGAUACUCACAGCUGGCCAUGCUUCUACUGUAACUCGAUGCAUUCAGUGAAAUGCAAUUAAAUUAAAUUAUGUAAACUUUA